AUGGAGGAGGAUCUGAUAGAAAAGAUUAUCUCAAAUAUAAUAAUAACUUUGGACCCAAGUAAAAAUACAGUGGUUGAGUCUAUAAAUGUGGGCAAUUGUAUGGUCAGAGAAAGAUCUCAGGCAGAAUAUUUCUUGGAUACUAUAUGCGAUCAAGAUAACUUGAGAAUAGAUGAAGUGGUAUUUGAAGUACUAAAAUCAGCAAAAUAUAAAAGUAAAAAUGGCUCAAUAGGAGAAGAUUUGCAACAUGGAGUGGAAUUUAUUAGUUUAUCAAUUUUGGAUAAGUUUGUGAAGAGAAAAUGGGUACUAUUAAGUAAUGAAGAUAAAUCUCGAGUAAGAAAUAAACUUUUGGAGAUUUCCGUGUGUGGAAUAGAUUGCAUAAAUGAUGAUUUGAUUCUGGUGAGUUCUUCAUUUGCAAUAAGAAAGCUUUGUUGUACCUUUAGCAGAGUAAUUAUUCAGGAUUACUUUGUAUCUUGGAAAGUAUUUAUGAAGGCUAUUUUAGAUUAUAGAAACAAACUUGUGAAUUUUGAUAAUUCUGGAAUAGUAUUAGUUAAUGAAAACUUUCUAAGAAAUAGAAAUAUUACAAAUUUAACAAAACUUGUUUUGGGUAUUACAAAAGAGAUUUCGGAAACUUUAAUUAAUUCAAAUACAAAUGAAAUAAACUCAAAAAUGAGAGCUUCUUCCACAAAUGGAUUAUGCAAUGAAAUUGAACCAGUAUUACAUAUAAUUAGUAAUGAGCUUCGGAAUGCAUGUAACUUUAAAAGGAAGGAGAAAAUGUUGGAAUCCAAUAUAAGUAAUUAUGAUAUUUCUUUAAUAAAACAAAGCUUGGAUUGUUUGAAAAAUUUAACAAAUAUAAUAGAUUCUGGAAAGUUACUGAAUUUGAGACUAGAUGAUCUUUUGAUUAUUUUACAUAAUACUGGGAUUCUAGAUAGUAACGAAGAAAUUUUAGAUCUUUUGGAUUCUCUUGUACAAAAUUUGACAAAACAAAAAAAAGGAGCAAUAUUUGUGUUAGAUUACCAGGAUCUAAAUAGAUUUGUACUUGGAGUUGCAAACUUAGUAAAAAAUACAAUUUUGAAUCCAAAAUUAUUUUCAGAAGAUCCAGAUUAUGAUACAAGUUUGAUGCAUUUGAACUGGAUAAAGUUGUUUAAAGAUCUUAUAGAGGGUUGUAUUCCAGCUAUAGUAAGAAUUCCAGAUAAUAUUACUUUGGAGAACUCGAAUAAUAAAAUGGAUGUAAUUAUUUUGGUUUGGAAAAUAACUUUGGCAUUUUGCAUGCAUCCUUACAUUUCAGUCUGUGAUUUAGCGGUUUCCACUCUUUGCCAAAUCUUAAAGAUUCUUGUUAAAGAACUACCAAGUUUGUACAAAGAUGAAUCCAAGUACUUUUAUUUGGUUAAAGGCUUUCAAAUUGAUAUUUUGUUGGUAUUUCUAUACAUUAGGUCGCUUCGUAUUGGGGAUCCAAAGAUCAACUAUUUAACAGAUGAGUGGAACCCGUGGAAUUCCAUGAUCUCAAAUAUGAUCUUUAAUUCUUUAACAAAACUUAAUUCUGAAACUGUAAAUAUUCUUUUUCACUUUCCAAAUCAACCUUAUAAUUUUUCUCUAAUAGCUUCAAAGUACUUUAAACUUUUGGAUCAGUACAAUAUUGUUGAUUCUUCACAUAUUAAGUUCUUUGGGGAUGUUGAAACAUCAGAAAAUAUGCUCAUUUCCAAAAAUAGCAGUAAUAACUUGGGAUCUUUUAAUAACUCUUAUAGUUCUUUAAAAACCAGAAUAAUUCAGUUGGUGAAUUCUCUUGUUGAUUUUGGGCAGGGAAUACUUCUGGAAAAACUUAUGGAAACCUGCCUGAAUAUUGCAGUUUUCAUUUUCAGCUCACAUCCUUUCAACUCAAGAUGCAGUUUCCAUUCUUCAGAAAAUUCUUCUAAUAACAGCUCUGUUCAAAAUUUAUGUCAAAAGUGCGUUUUUAUAGAUGGAAUGUUUUUAAUACUUGAGACAAUCCUUAAUAGAAUCAGCUUUAACAUCCAUAAUUUGCCUAAAAAUGAUGCAUUUUUAGAUCCUAGUACCAAGUUUGAAUUAAAAACCAUCCCAUCAUUCUUUGAUCUUUUAAGCCAAGAUGUAAACUAUAAAGAACAAAAAGUGUGGAUUUCAUCGUUAUUUAAGUUAAUGAAUGGUAUAUUACAACUUCCUUUGUUAGAACUUUGUGGGCAUUUCUUAGAAUCAAGACGUCUUAUUUUCAUAUCUCAGACUGUAAUUUGUGUAGAAUGGUAUCAGGAAUUAUACAAAGACGUAAGUACCAUGAUUAAAAAAGAUGGGAUUUUGAGUAUUUAUAUGAGUUACUUAACAAAUUCUGGAGGACUAAUAAUUCCCGAAUUAAGAAAGACAGCAUCUUAUUGUCUGUCAAGAAUUUUAUUAAGUCAGCCAAAAUUGUUUGAAGAAAAUCUCUCAAUGGUUAUUCAAGUAAUAAAUGAAAGUUUGAAUAGUUCCGGUACUUGUUUUGAAGAAAAGAUGACUUUAAGCUCUGUUUUAAUUGCUGCUACAAAUGCGGAAGGGAACUUUAAUAGAAUUUCAGAAAGCUGUGAAAUGGCAUCUAAAGUGGCAUUUAGCCUACUUUCAAGAAAUUCUUUUAAUUUCUCUAACCAAGAGGAAGUUCUGGAUUUCUUAUUUAGAGAUCUUGUGGAGGCUGUAAGAAUGUCUAGGGAGCCAAGCGAACAAAACUGGAAGAAUUUGGUUCUUCUCAAAAAUUCUCUAACAUUAUUAUUCUCUGUUUUUGGAAAUGUGAAAUUACCAGACGAAUUUUCAUCUCUUAAAAAUGGUGGAUUUCUCAAAGAAGAAAGAUCUCACUUAGUUUUGAGGCAUCCUUUAGAAAAGUUAUCGAGGCAAAUAUUUGAUUCAAUUUGUUUAAUUACUUUAGUUUUUUUGAAAAUUUGUGAUAAUAGUAAUAAAUCCCAAUUGGAAGAAUUAAAUAUAAUUUCUCUUUUUAAUUCCAUUUCAGACCAAGAAUGGAUGGCUAGGAGUGGUAUUAAAAACCAAUCUGACUUCAAAAUAAUUAAAUUGUCUCAAAUUACGAGCUACAGGAUGAUUUUCUAUAAUAGUUUUCUUCAAAUCAGAAGACUUACCUUUUCUAUAAGAAAUCUUUUAAUCAAGUUACUAGUAUCAACUUUCACCUUGGGUACUUGCAAAGAUAUUUUUCAUGAUCAAGCUAUUAGCAUGAUUCCGAAUCCAGGAUUAUACUUUGAGGAGGGAAAUGUUAACCUGUUAUUAAAAACAUUAAUAGAUCCAAUCAGAUCUUUGCCCAUUCAUAUUUUAAACUUUAUUAUUAAAAAUGGUUGGUACAUUAUUUUCUCUCCUCAAUCACUCCCUAGAUUCCAAGAUGGGUAUCCCACCGACAUAUUCUUGGAAGAGGUAUUCUCCAAUAGAUUUGUCCCUUCAGUACUUGAUAAGCUUAGAUCUGAGUGGCAAAAACUAAUGAUCUCACAAGCAUAUAUAUUAUCUUCGUCUAUUUCGGAAUUAAGAAAUUUAAGUUUGGAAAACGUAUCUUCAUCAAUACCUUUUCAAGAUCCAUUUAGAGUAUUACUCAAUUUAAAUAUUGAUUUUAAAGAAUUUCCAAGUAAUCUAAAAGAUAACUCUCUUUAUAAUGUGAUUUACAAUUCACAUUAUAAUGACUUGUCAGAAACUUCUUUUAUUAUUUUAAAAAUUGUGAAUAGAUUCAUUCUGAGUACAAACCGUCAAAGCAAUUCAAGCUUUAAAUUAAAAACUGAACCCAAAUUAAGUAAUCAUCCAGUUAAACUGAAAUCAGGAUCUAGUAAUAAUGAAGAUUUUCAAAUGGAUUAUUAUGAAUACCAUUAUAAUCAAAAUCAUUAUUAUGAAGAUUACGAAUUUCAGGAUCCAAUGUUGAUGGACUAUGAAGAGACGGUAAAUUACUCUUCACAAAAGAGCAAGACACAGCCAAAACAUAUUUCUUUGUCUCAAGUCUUUCUUUUAAAUCAAAAUCUGAUGAAAUCUUCUUUAGAGAUAUUGAUUGAGUUUUUAAACUUUCCAGAUCCGAAUAUAUUGGAGACAUCGUUACAUAUUAUUCAAAAAUACCUUCAACAGUAUAUAAACUUUACAAAUCAAGGAAACCACUCAAAAUAUUCCGAUAUCCACAUUUCUCUGAUUAAAAAUCUUUUAAUCCAACUAUUAAAAGUUGGUCCUAGGGCUUUACCAUUUGAUCCACUUAAUCUGUCUCCAAGCAAAAGCGACAAUAUAAAGAUUCCAACACCUUUAAACUCUUAUAUAAAAUUAAGCCACCCAAAUUUACUUAAAAAUGCCAUAAUUGAUUGCAUUCAGAGUAUUAUUAGAUCAGACCAAGACUGCCUAAAUUUUAUAAACAACACCAAGAAUGAACUUAGUAAAGAUUUGAGCAAAAAUAUAACCAACAAAAAUUUCUCUUCGCCUAAUCUUUUACCUUACAAUGAUAACUUGUACAACCAACAAGUACCAAUCCCAGAUGAAAUCUUGAAAAAAGCAUAUAACUGCCUGGAAUUUUUAUUUUCAAAGUAUUAUGAAUAUUCACCUUCUGGGUCGGAAAAAAUCUUUUCCCAACAAGAUAUAAUCCUUAUAUGUAAGACAUUUCUUGAAGAACACAUCACAGACAUUGUCUUUUCUCAAACAUCUGUAUUGGGUGCUUUAAUUGGAAAUAUCCUACACAGUCUGAGCCAGAUCUCAUCUCAGAAUGAGCAAAACCCAUAUAUAAAUUUUACUACUUUUAUCAAACCAAGUUUCCAAUAA